ACAACAAGAAAGCUUAUCAGUUUAUCAGGAAAAACAUAAAAUGACAAGUUGACAACCGUCUACGUCCAUCAACUUUACCAAUGUCUCUAAAUGAGCAAAUUUUUAAUUAUGCACGAACAACGAUUAGAUAUAAGUACCUAUUUAGUCGUAGCUGAAUUUUAGUCAUAUUGUUAGGAUGAUUAAAUUAUGAUUACGUUUUAAUGUUUUCCUAGUCAUUUUACCAUAAGUAGUUUUUUCUUUACAGCUGAAAACUGAUCUCGACUCUUCUUUUAAACUAACUGUGAGUUAUAAACAUGAAUAAACCCAAUAUUUCGCCUAAGAAAAAAUCGAGCUUGUUAAGUAUACUUCACUUAAGAAAAAAAAAACCAACGACACCCGAUAUUGAUACAUCAAAACAAUCAUUUUAUCAAUUAGAUGGUCCAUAUCGUAAUGUUUCUAAUCCACUUAAUAGAAGUACAAAUGUUUCUUUAUGUUGUGCAAUAACCGAAACAACUAAGACACCAUCUGAUUUCCAAAAUGGAGAAAACUCAAAUGAACCUGAUGUGUGUUCUUGUGCAGUGGAACCUCAUACUUCUCAUAAAAGGUCCUUGAGUUUGGGCUUACAUUCAACUACCAACGGUGUUAAUCCAGAAUACAAAGAAACUGAAUCAAAUGAACUAUCAUCCCCUUCUUUGGAAAAAUGUGAGAGGCUACGGAAAAUAUUUAGCAAUGCACAACAUGUUUCUGCUGAUAGUAUAAUUAUUCCAAAAACCACUAGUACAAAUACAGCAGAUUCAAAGCCAAUUCGGCCAUCAUCUACAACUACUUUAACAGCAUCUGAAUAUUUAAAAAAAACUGAAACUAAAAAUAACUCAAUGGAUAGUUUAGCCAGACAGGCUUUAUUUGCAGUACAAGUACUACAUCUUAUUCCCACAUCUGAUGUUAAAGAACGAAACUAUUUGCAUGGACGUAUUGCAGGAAAUUCUUUAUUAGGAGCAAUGGAAUUAGAACGAGUCUUACAUAAUCGAGAAGUUCGUAUUUAUGUUGGAACAUGGAACAUGAAUGGCCAAGCACCUCCACCGGAACUAAAUGAACUAUUACUGCCUGAUACUGUUCCUCAUUUACCAGAUAUUCUUGCUAUUGGUACCCAAGAAAGUUAUCCUGAUAAGUUUGAGUGGGAAGUAAAUAUUCAAGAAACUAUUGGUCCAUCACACAUUCUUUUUCAUUCUGCUUCAUUAGGCACAUUACAUUUGGCCAUUUAUAUAAGAAGAGAUUUAAUUUGGUUUUGCUCUGUCCCCGAAGAGUCAAGUUUUAGUACACGACCAGGAACUGCAUUUCGAACAAAAGGUGCUGUUGCAAUAUCAUUUUCUUUAUUUGGAUCAUCGAUUUUAUUUAUAACUUCACAUCUUACUGCACAUGUAGAAAAAGUUAAAGAACGUUUACAAGAUGUGCGUAGAAUUAUUAAAUCUUUAGAACUUCCAAAACUUCUGCCUGUUAAACAUAAAACAAAAGAUGUAACUAAUAAUUUUGAUUAUGUCUUUUGGUGCGGAGAUUUAAACUUUAGAUUGGCCCAUUCACGAUCUGAGGUAAUGAAAUGGGUAACACAGCAUAGAUUUCCUUUAGCUUCACCUAUGCAUCAAACACUUUCAGAUCAACUAAAUGACUGUAUUUCAAACGGUUUGGUAUUUCGUGGAUUUCAAGAAGGCCCACUAACAUUUGCACCAACAUAUAAAUAUGAUCCAGGAACUGAAAUGUUUGAUACAUCUGCUAAACAAAGAACACCUUCAUAUACAGAUAGAAUUCUUUAUAAAUGUGGAAAACAACAGGUUCUACCAAGUCCUUCAGGAUCCACAUGUACUUCAUCUAGUAUUGAAUGUUUAACUUACUGUUCAGUUCCAUCAGUGUGUACUUCUGAUCAUAAACCAGUUUGGGGUCUUUACAAGUGUUCCAUUCGACCGGGUAUUGAUACUAUGCCUUUAGCUGCUGGUCAAUUUAAUCGUGAAGUUUACUUGGAAGCAAUCAAAAGACGAGCAGCAAGUAUGGAUAAACGUGUUGGAACCUCUGCUGUUUGCAAUGUACAAUAACAAAAAAUCUAUUAAGCCUAAAAAUGGGCAAAAAGUGAUAAAAUCUUCUUAAAAGGGUACUAAAUUUUAGUUUGUAGAAUGAUAUCUAAAGGGGGAUCAAAUAACUAAUCAUUUGUAUUAAUCAAAAAUGAUAAAAUAUUAAGAAGUUAAAUGACAUAUAAAUAACGCACUAAAAGACUGCAUUUAAAAGAUAAAAUGAUCAGCUACAUUAAAUUUGCUUGACUGUCUGUGGUGCUUUCAUUUUAAUAAUGUUUUGUAAUUAUUUUUUUUUGAAGUUUUAUAGAUAUUUUAACUCUUACCAAAGUAAUUUUGUCUAGUCAAAAUAAAUUGUAAUUUUAAGCGCAAUUUUUAAUGCCACUUACCACUUAUUAUAAUUCUUGUCUUGCUAUUAUUUUAAUUUUUACCUAUUUAUUUUACUACACCUCCUAGUCUUAAACCUUUAUGUAAUUUUUGUUUAACCACAAUUUAUACUGUUAAAGUUUUUGUUUUUUUUUUUAAUUUUUAUUGUUAUUAUAUUAAUACAGUCAAUUUAGUAUUCCUUUUUAAUUCUGUUACUAUUGAGACAAAGAAAAUAAAUCUAUUAAAAUAUAAAAAUAACUACUAUAAAAUAUUUAUUAUUGUAUACUUUUUUUAUUGCAGUUUAAAUGUAUUGUUUUAUAAUAUAUUAGUAGUUUAUGGUUUAAUAACCAUAUUUAUUAUUAACAUAAACUAACUAUAAUAUCACAGAUAUUUUCAUUAUUAUUAUCUAUGUAAAAGUAGACCACAUUUUAAUUACUGUGAUAUUUAUGGAAUAGCUCCAGUGAAGUUAGUAUAAAUAAUUAUAAUCUUAGUUAUUUUGUUUAUUAUUUUUGUGAUUUUAAUAUUAUGACAAGUAUGGAUUUCAGACUUUUAUGAUGAAUAUUUUAAGUAUUUUAAUAUUUUUCAUUUAUUUUAUAUCCUUUUUUUGUACCUACUUUUUUUUUAAAUAUAGUUUUUUUAUUAUUUUUUAAUCCUCAAUAAUUAAACAUAUGUACUAUAAUUUAUUAAUCAAUCAUACUUUAAAGAAAAUGUAGCAAUUUUUAACUUAAAUGCU